UCCACACAGGACGGCAGAGGGAUACUAUGGAUCCUCUCAACCAAUUCAAGCGCGAAGUCACGGGCUUCCCCAGCCUGGGAGUCGACGAGGACCGCGAAGAGCUGCGUGAAAGCAAGCAAGUGCGGAUGUCGCUUACCAGAGACCAAGCGGCUGAGGAAGCAGGGUCAGAGUUCGCACCACAGCAGCGGGCGGCAGGCAUACAAAUCAAGAAGGCAGGAGACAGCCAUGGGGACGACAACCAUGGUGACGGUGACGGCGAGGAGGGGGCCGGCGAUGUGGGCGCUGGAUAUCCGUCGCCCGCGGGUCGCGAAACCCGCGAUGUGAAGCCGGAGGAGCCGAAGCCGGAGGAGCCAAGGCCGGAGGGGCAGUUGCCCCCGGCCGCGGCUCUGGGUCCCGCUCGGGGAGGGAGGUGGCCGGUGGGUCGCCUCAUCAAGUUCACCCCCCAGCAGAUGCGCCAGCUGGAGAGCUUGUUCCAGAACACCCGCUAUCCCAGCCCCACCACGCGCCUGGAACUUUCGAGAUUCAUGAAUGUGCCUGUAGCCAGAGUGCAGGUUUGGUUUAAGAAUAGGAGGGCCAAGUUGAGAAGACAGCGGAGGGCACUGAGGCUCAGAAACAUGCCUCCCAUGGCCACGGUCCCCCCUCCCAUCAUUAACAUGGGUCAAUCCUACCGUGGCAUCUUCAUUCAGCAGCUGAAUUCUGUGUGGAUUUUUCAGGGGCCAGUGAUGCCGGGGCCACCUCGCCCGCCCAUGCCACCCUUUCCUCCUAUGUUCCUGCCUCCUCAACCUUGGUUCUCUCAAGCUUUCCCUCCCUCUGGCUGCCCUCCACCUUUCCCUCCCUCUGGCUGCCCUCUACCUUUCCCUCCCUAUGGCUGUCCUCCACCUUUCCCUCCCUCUGGCUGCCCUCUACCUGUCCCUCCCUCUGGCCGCCCUCCACCUUUCCCUCGCUAUGGCUUUCCUCCUAUGGCCCAUCCUGGUGUGGUACCACCACCCAUAGCUCUUCUUUAAUCCUUUUCCCAAAGCAUGGGAUCUGUGACAGUUUUUUUCCGAGGUGUUUUUGAGCCAGAUUCAAGUUUCUGUAUCUGUCGCCAUAAAGAAUAGUUCAUUCAAUGUGUGCUGAAUGUAUUAAAGAGAAAUCAAAUUCACUGACCCUCUAUUUUAGGGCACUUUUUACAUUUUCAAUAAAGUUGUGAAUUCUCUA